AUGGCGUUCACAGUUGGCUUUCUCGGCUUACUGUGUCUCGCCUUCGUUGUUGAUAGUAUGAUUGACGACUUCGAUGCUAUCGGAGAAACAUCCUUGAACCCAGGCAACACGUUGCAGUGUUUUUUCGAGCGCACUCAACGCAACAAGGAAGUUAUUGUCGGCUUCCCCAAUUAUUUCGUCAUUAUUGGGGGACUCGUUGCUCACAUGCGAGUGCUCAGCGAUCUCUUCGUCCUUCCAUCAUCAAGCUUUACAUCGAAUUUUCUUUAUCGACUCAUGAUCCCAAGGCUGCGUAAGUCACAUUUCUCGCCACAAGAUCGCGAAGCAAUCUUGCAAAACGCAGGGAAGAAAUACUGGGCGUGGCUUCGGCCGUCGGGCAUUGGGAGAUCAAGUCAAGCUAUAUCUUUCUGGUAUAUGAUCGAAACUUACCACGAUUCUGAGUUGUCUUUCAUACCGACCGUGCUGGCAUUCUUUGCCUAUGGCACGAGUCGGAUCUUCCUCACAAUGAUGCCUCAGGGAUUACAACUCUCCAGGAACAUUUUCACUCUUGGCUUUGGUCAAGUCGUCACUGUCGGCCUCCUCGCGCUCACCUUGUUGACGAUGACCGGCGAUAGUAUUGUUGAGGACCGUGUUACAGCGCAGAAUACACUCCGACUUUACAAGGGUCCGCGACCUCGCUCCCCCAGAGCCGACGCAAGCAUCGCCACCGCCGCCUAG